UGACCUCAAUCUCGCGAUUUAUGAAGAUGUGAGGAGUCAGAAGCUGAAAACAUGGCAAAUGAACACGGAAAGAAGUGGGACCGAUGCUUAGCUGAUAGCGCUGUGAAGAUAGCGACCGGCCUUGGCGUGGGGAUUGUGUUCUCAGUCCUCUUCUUCAAACGGCGCACUUGGCCGGUGGCAUUUGGUUCAGGUGUGGGGCUGGGCAUGGGCUACUCCAACUGCCAGCAGGACUUCAGGUCACCUUACCAGCUCCAUGGUCACAGGGUAAAGGAACAGUAGAAGACUGAGGAGAGUUGGCUGAUGUAGAAGUUGUCUCGUCCUCAUUAUUUUUCUGCUUGUUUUUAUUUUAUUUUGCUGCUUGUCUCUCUGCCACCCAAUGUAAUUACUGUGUGAGUCUCACAGGGCAGUCGUGUAUUUGUGUGUGUAUAUAAGUAAUGAAUCAUUUGACAGAAUAUUAUUCCUGAUUUACUUUUGUCUUUUAUCUGUGUGAAUAAAGUUUGAAUGCUAACAAAGAA